GCAAUCAAUUAAUCAAUCUACGAUGAAACACUUCGUUCUAACUUUCUUUCAUAUUUUCGCCAAGAACUCUGAUAACGAUUCCGCAAAUCUUUUGUUAUGGAAAAGGCAUCUCAAAGAAUUAGAAUCGAUAGCUAUUUCGGAUCGGGUACAUAGAAAGAAAUUGGGCGAGCCGAAGACCAGAUAUCAGAGAAAUCAAAAAAACAUAAAGCUAGCAUCUGGUUCUUCCAGAAGUAAAUCUUUCGAUGUUGAUAGCAAGUCAAAAAGAAGUAAAGAUGGUGAAAAGAACAGUUAUAAAGAAACAAAGCGGAGAAAAAUAGAUGAUGAAAAUGUUGAAAUUCCUUCUCCACGUGCCGUCACACCUCUUCCACCACAAACGCCCGAAUAUCAAAUGUUCUCUUCGAGUUCCCUAACUACAAGAUGGGAAAAUGACGAAGAAACAGACAGUGAUGAGACAGACACUGACGGGAUUGAUACAGAUAAACGAGAUCCCAAGAAUCUUACGUUUGAUGAGUACGUGGAUGGCGAUGGUGGGCGUAUAGAUGGUGACUAUGAAGAGACCCCUGAUUAUAAUGAUGAUGAAGCUAAUGUGGAAGCUGAACGAGACAAGCAGGGAAGCAGAGAACAAAUGGAAGCUACCUUCUGGAAAGUUCGCAGAAGAUAUCCUUUGA